ACUGGGACUGACAGCAGCUCUACUGUUUUUUUAUUCAUUCUAUCUUCGCAUUGUUAAAAAAUAUUGCUGUGAUAGAGAGAGGAGUUCUGAAUCACCUGGGACACCUUUGGAUCUACGGGCAGAAUGACUGUGUUAGAUGUUGGAGGUUUUGGGCUGCACUCUGACAUCUUAUGCUUACUUUUGUUCUAUGCUUCACAGAACACAUUUUAUCUACUCUCAGAACCCAGGGAAUCACUGACUGAAAUGUAUACUACUCCUCGUGAAAAGUAGGGUGGGAGCCUUCAGUUAUUUUUGUUGUUUAGUCAGUUAGUUAUUAUUAGUUAUCUUUUGUGGAACGAGCUUCCACUUUCAGUCCGGGGGGGAAGACACAGUCAGCUCCUUUUAGAUAAAGCUUAAGACUUUCCUCUGUGAUAUCGCUUAUAGUUAGGGCUGGCUCAGGUUGGCCUGGACCAGCCCUUAGUCAAGCUGCUAUAGGCCUAGACUGCCGGGGGAUUUCUUAGGACACAGUAAACUCCUCUCUCUCGCUUUGUCCUUCUACAAUAAUCCACGUCUCAUUAAUGCACAUCUCUAAUUCAACUUCUUCACCACAGUUUUUGUGCUUUCUCGUCCCGCAGGUUUUCGUAGAUCGUGGUGCGGCCAAUCAACCUUUUGUCUCCUAAACGACGGGGGAGUGGAGUAGAGGUUAAAUUCCCCUUCCUAGACCUGAGCCAGCGUGCAUCUCUUCUACAAGGCCAUCGGACAUCCAGGCGACCUGAAAUGGGACUAAGUAUCUUUUUCUUUAAUCCAAGCUAGUCUGCUAAAUGUGUUGUUGAUUCUACUGUCUUACAGUAAUACAUUACUAGCUACUAGUGUUAACAGUCAGAGGACGGCUCGCAUACCGUUAGUUUGUUCGACUGUAUCACUUAUUCAACCGUCCUUUUACGCAAUAGAAAAACGAUUCAACGGCUGUCGGGGCAAAUUGGCAUCCGCUGUGGAGGUGUUUAGCUACACCCGAGCUACUUGCAGCCAUUGAUUCACUCGACCCAUCCUUGGCCGCUCUCUUCUUCCCUCUCUCUCUACACACUGGCUGCGUGGCGAGUCUGUUUACAGUUAAACAGUUCAAGCUUACACACGCCUGCUAGAAACAGGACCGACGGCUAUUUGUCACGACACACACAAGCAUCGGAAGCGUUUCCAGGCAAAAUUGAAAACCGUCAAUACUGCCGACGUUGUCUUUGCUGUAAUCAAAUCAGUAUAUAUUUAUGUGUAACAUGAAGUAUACUGCUUGAGUGCAGUAAAUCAAUGGGAAACAUGCAUGUGUCCAGACAAGGCUAGCAGCAGCAGCGCCGCGUCAGACACGUUUCUGGUGUGAAAAGACAGAAAAAUCCACGCAGCCGACACGCAACACAAAUGCCACGCCGGCAGUGUGUAACCGGCCUCACACACGCUUGUGUACAUGCCGGUUUUCUCUGUAACACAGGUGUUGUUUCGGUUUUAUUUCCUUAUUGUAUUUAACAGUGACAUUGUUGUGCUGAGUUGUUGACCUAAACAGUUUCUUGUUUUACAGAUUCUUGUGGUGUGAGGAUGCUGUGGAAGUGCAGCCCUGGAGGCCUGUAAAGACUUGGUUGAUGAAAUGCAGAAGAGAACACCAAAUGGACCUCUUGUGAAACAGAAGACGGAUCAGACGUUUGCUCUGAGAAGAAAAGAGGGAGUGGAGUCAGAACCUGCCACGAUGGUGAGACGCUGGCCUGCCCUUUUCACUGAAGAUCAAGUCUUCAUGGAGUUCAGCAGGAUUGUGGGCAAGAACCUCAAGACGGAAUUCUAUGAGAGCAUCGACCGGCACAGUCCUCGUCUCCUCGAGUUAUUUGGAUCCAAGAGAGGGAAUGUUGGACAGACCAAUAAGACUACAGAGCCAACUGAGUGUCAGAGGGCUUCCUAUCAUCCUGGGGACAACCCCACAGACUUCUUCAAAGGAGGCUUUGAAUCUGACGAUGAGGAUUCUUUUUGUGACCCAGACAUUGGGAUACUUCUUAUUGAGCGUGAAGGUGCUGUGCUCACAUCCUCCCAGCAUCUCAGUCCAGCCUCGUUGGAAAUCAUCAUUGAGGGAGAAGUCGUGAUGGACAACAUUCAAGAUCUGCCAAAAGCAAUGUGCAUUCUGUUUGGACUCAUGUAUGCACUCCAUCUUAACUACCCCAAGACUAUGAAGCUCACAUUUCAGUUCAUCCAACAGGUAUGGCUCUUGUUAGGCCACACUGACCUAAAGCCAAAGCUACAGACUUUGAAAAAUCAGCUCGCAAUGUAAAGAGAUGUCAAGUCUACUUUUAAGAAACUGUUGACUAUUUUUUUUUCUUACCUGUGGGGUAAACCUUCUUAUUUUCUGUAAAACUGGUGGACAAACAGACGCAUAAAACGCAGACACACACACACAGACACACACAACACCCACACACCUAUACACACUUACGUUUUGUGGGACGCGUGCUAAAGGGUGUGACUUGUGUGACAAUUUAAACUGAGCGGAGUUGUAGCGGAAGGACACAGGACAUAUUAUAUUUGAUACAUGUUUCAGUUCUUCAUCAGUCUAUGCAGAUGGAAUUAUUAUUGUUCUGAUAUGAUAGUCUGUUGGUUCAUGCUCUGGCCUCCCUUCAUUGAGGCAGAUGAAACGGAUCCUUUUUGUGAUUAGCUGUGUUUGGCCAUUUUUCUUAAAAGUAAAAUGCAUUGGAGCAUUUACAGGUGUUUCUGUUUUUUUAAUCUAAUUUAAUUGAAACAAUAUUUAAAAACCAAUCAAAAGCAAAUUAAAUUAGAGGAAAAUACAAUAAUUGUGUUAAAUGAUGAGUAGCAAUAACAAGUCAUAAUAGCUAGUUUUAUCUAAUGAUUUUGAGUACACACUACUAAUAAAUAUAAAUACUAAA